UCUUCUCCUCCUCCUGUAUGAAUCCGCCCUCUAUUCUUUGCCUUCAAUUUUCCCUAUCUAAAGCCCAUUUUCUGCAUCCCAAUUAAUUUUUUUCCCCAAAACUCCAUUUAUUAUUCAAAUAAAUAAACCUAUCUUGAAUCUCUGGAGCUUUGGGAUUUCUUUAUCCUUUUUUUAUUUUUAAUAUUUGUAAGUAAUAUCUGUACAUAUGGCCUUGUGAAAAAUGUUUUUGUAACAAAAAACAUUUUUCACUUGUUUAUAGGUUCUUUUGUAAUUUUCUAGGUUGAUUAUUUGUGAAUUAUAGGAUAUUGGAAAAAAUGUCGUCUGCUGGUGUGGUUGCAAAUGCAAUUAGUCCAUUUUACGUAGAGAAUAUGGUAAAUUCACCUGUACAUUGCCAUGAAUCAAUUUUGGUUUACGUAGCUAUGUCGGGUUCAAUGAUGCCAUUAAGGGUCUUGGAAUAUGAUUCUAUUGAAUCUGUUAAGGUACAGAUACAAAGUUGUAAAGGGUUUAUUGUGAAAAAUCAGAAGUUGGUCUGUGGAGGGCGAGAAUUGGCUCGUAGGAAUUCACUUAUAAGGGAUUACGGUGUGUGUGAUGGGAAUAUACUUCAUUUAGUGCUUAGGUUGUCUGAUCUUCAAGUUAUUAAUGUGACAACUUCUUCGGGUGAAGAGUUUACGUUUAAUGUAGAGAGGAGUCGUGAUGUUGGAUAUGUUAAACGUCAGCUUGCUGAGAAGAAAGUUGGGUUUUUAGGUAAUAUUGAUGAACAAGAAGUGUUGUGUAAAGGCGAGCGUGUUGAAGAUCGGAGGAUCAUAUAUGAUCUUUGCAAGAACAAUGACGUGGUGAUUCAUUUGUUUGUGCGUAAAAAUGCAAAAAUUAGGGCUAGGCCAUUGGACAAGAAUUUUGAGUUGUCCAUUGUGGCUCCACGCCAGGAUGAUGUGGUUAGAGAAAGUGAGAGUGGGACUGAAGCAGAUCGUAAAGUUUUGGUCCCGAGGAAGCCUCUUGAUAGGGAAAUAAUUUUGGAACCUGUAAUUGUUAACUCGAGGAUUGAAAUUCCUAUGGUACUUAGGGAUAUGAUUGUUUCUGCGUUUGAAGGCUUAGAUAGAGGAAAUUAUCCUAUUAGAUCUUCUGAAGGCAUGGGAGGAGCAUAUUUUAUGCGAGACACAUCAGGGAAUAAGUUUGUUGCCCUGUUUAAGCCAAUUGACGAGGAGCCUAUGGCUGUGAACAACCUUCACAGGUUGCCUCUGUCAGUUAAUGGCGAGGGCUUGAAGAAAGGAACAAGAGUUGGAGAAGGUGGUUUCAGGGAAUGUGCUGCCUACAUUUUGGAUCAUCCACAGAGUGGACGACGCUCACUUUCUGGUGAGAUAAAAGGCUUUGCCGGUGUUCCUCCAACUGCUUUCGUGAGGUGCCUUCAUAAGGGUUUCAAUCAUCCUGAUGGUGUUACAGUUAAGCUGGGAUCCUUGCAGAAAUUCAUGGAGAAUAAUGGCAGUUGUGAGGAUUUAGGUCCUAGUGCUUUCCCUGUGGAGGAGGUCCAUAAAAUUGCCGUAUUAGAUAUGAGGCUGGCAAAUGCAGAUCGGCAUGCGGGUAAUAUAUUAAUGAGCAAAGAUGAAGAUGGCCAGGUUGUGCUCAUUCCAAUUGAUCAUGGUUACUGCUUGCCCGAUAGUUUUGAAGAUGUCACAUUUGACUGGCUCUACUGGCCACAAGCUCGUCAGCCUUUUAACGCCAACACCAUCGAGUACAUUAAAUCACUUGACGCUGAGGAAGACAUAGGCUUAUUGAAGUUAUAUGGGUGGGACAUGCCUCUAGAAAAUGCUCGCACACUCCGCAUCACCACCAUGCUUUUGAAGAAAGGUGCAGAGAGGGGUCUAACACCAUUUACCAUAGGGAACAUCAUGUGCAGGGAAACCUUGACCAAGGAAUCUGUGAUAGAGGAGAUUCUGCAAGAAGCAUUGGAGCCCCCUGGCUCAAGUGAAGAUUCGUUCCUUCAAUCCGUUUCCCAUGUAAUGGACCGCCGUCUUAAUGAGAUUGCGUAAUGACAUUUCACUCAAGUGUUGGUACAUGAAGAGGGGUUGUUUUUGUACAUAGGAGUGUGUCUGAGGACACCCUUUGUUUGCCAACAUCAAUUACAAGAGAGACUAUCUUGAUUCUUACUUAUCAAAAGAAAAGAAAAAAAGUAAGCGAUAACCUUAGAUUUUUUUAGCAGUUAACUGGAAAUGAUCUUGCUAGACUUUAAGCAAGUUCUAUGUCAGUAUCAAUUGUACAAUUACUGUAAACAUUGUUAUUCAUAUUUGGGUUAUGGAUAAAAGUAUAAGACAUAAUGUUAUAUGAUA